AUGAUUGAUCAAUCAUCUUCGCUGUCCUCAGAAAUCAUCGGCGAGAAGGGUACAGAGCUACUGCGCCUAGCUAUUGAGAGACGAGCUAGCGAAGUGAGAUUCACACGAGAAGCAGAACUGAUGUAUAUAUUUGAAAAUCUAUGUUUGGCUGCAGAAGAGGAGGACGAGCAAGUGGUCCACAAACUGUCAUCAAAAGACCUCAAGCCAGAGCAGAUUAAAGUGCUGCAACACGCUGCCGGUUUCAACACCUCUGACGCCGACCCACUUAACCUGGUGGCCGCCAUCGAGUUGCUUCUUAAGCACUUCCGUGAGCCCGCUGAGACGCAAAACCCAAUUCGACAACAAAUCACGUCUCUUUUCAUGACGAACAAAUGCCGACCGGCUAUCCCGAAAACAGAGCAGGACGCCCUGAGAACGCUGAAUGUCGACAAGACAAUCGUCAUACUACCGGAAGACAAAGGGCGUUCUACGGUUGUACUACACAAAGCCAAAUACCUAAAAAGGCCAGCGCAUUGUAUGAGGACCAUUGUGAAGGGGACCCGAUGA